CCUCUCUCGUCUGCUUCGCAAACCUACUUCACUACUCACAUUUUGAAACAUUCUUCUCAUUUAAUAUUAAAUUUGAACGUGCGUCAGAAUUAGAGCGAGUCUCUGGUUUUAAUUUGUAGAGGGGAGCUGUUCGUAAACGUUGAUCGAUUCAUCUCGCAUAAGGGCUUGGAGGAGACGGAGGUGGAGUGAGAUGGCGGUUGGAGUGGGGAAGAGAAAGAAAAGAGACAGAGGGAAAGGCGUGGUUGCUGUUGCUCGGUAGUUGACAAUCGGAUUUUGCGGUUAGGUGCUCAUCCUGGCUGUAGUUUCGAGUUUUUAGAUGUUGUCGUGAGUGAUUCGAUCAAUCAGACACAAGUCUGCAUUACGGUAUCGGAGAGGAUGACUAUUUGAUAGCUCACGUGGUUAAGAACGCGCUGAAUUUGUAGAUGACAUGCGCAAUAAAGCCACAUCGGUGUCUACAUGACGAAAAGAUGCAUAGGAACCUGGGUGAAUUGUAUGGAUCGUGGGAAUAACCAGUUGUAGCGAUGGAAUAUGGCUCAAUUAACAAUGUGCGUCAGUGUGCAAAGGAUAUGUAUGCUAUCAAAGGGGUAGGCGCAAGGGUAGCAGUGUGAAAAUUUGGUGCUGAUGGAAUUUAGACAUUGAAGACCUCGAACAUGGCAAGUGAGGAGGAAAUCGAUCCUGGAGAGAGUGGUUUGGAUCCACCACAAGAGUCACUACCGCCUCCAAACUUCCCAAAUGGCAGACGGCCAUCAAGUGGAACAGACAUAGGAUUUGAGGAUUCUAGUUCGGAGCUUGCACCAGAGGAAUCAGGAGGUACUAAGUUUAGGUCGUCGGUCCAAGGUCGACGAGCGACAUCGAAAAUAGGCAGCAAUGCAGCGGAAGAAGCAGGUAGCGGUAGGCGAAAAAUUAGUAACUCAGGGUCAGUCCUGAAAGCUCGAGAUUUCGAAACUGUGGACGGACGGCCGCCUCGGAGAAAAUGGAGUUCAAGGCGGGCGUCGAAGGGCCAAGAUAAUCUAGACUCAGAUAGUCCGGAGAUGAAAGAGCUGUUGCGUAGGUUGAAGGAGGUAGAGGCAAGCUCCAGCAGUGGCAGCACUGCCCAUGCCAAGCUUACUUCCCCAAAAUCUGGUGAACACCAUCGUGGCAUUAAGGCACUUCACAGGGCGGUUCAGGAGAACGAGAUGCCGAUGCGGCUGGCAUAUGAGCAACUCGACGAACUUGCUGCUAAUGCUGAGCGCGUUAAGUCCGCGAUUGAAAGAAACCGAUCCCUGCUCACCCUUCAGGUGAGAAAAGCCAACGAGAGAAUUUUGCGAGUUGCGUUUAUGGCUUGGAGCUUGGAAACCGAAUAUUACAAGCAAAAGAAACGGCGGUUAAAGAAGGCGUUCUUGUGGUCCAUAAGAAGGGUUUCGUCACGUGCGUUCAAAUGUUGGGGUUCAUGUGCGAAAGUAGGCAAAAAAAUGAGACGUUUCGAAUCAUCUGCCCACAAGCUUCUUCAGCGUCGAAAACUAUGUCUAACUUGGAAAGCGUGGAGAGUUCUGAUCGCGGAGAUACAUCGCAAGGAUGAAGAAUACAAGAAAGAAAAGCGGCUGCGGAAGAGUUUAGACAAACAGUCAAAAGAAGACAAGGCAAAGCGGGCCUUCUCUAUGAUGAGACGAUCCAAUUUGUGUCGUUACUUCCGCUUCCUCCAGGAGGGAGUGGAAGCAAGAUUACAAUCACGAAAGUUCUUAAGGCAGACUCUGAUUUUCCUCCUUAAGAAAAGUGCUUUUCGUGCGUUUGCUGCACUUAGGGAAGCUACUCGGAAAAGAGUGCACGAUCGAAUAUUCAUCAAGGCUAAGCAACGAAUUUUUACGCUCAGGAGGUGUUUUGAUUACUGGUGGAAAUCAUUAGAGAAAAACUUUUACUUACUCCGCCCAUUUGAAGAUAACCGUAUUUUGCGCACUAUGUUUCACCAGUGGAGGAUUAGGGUUAAGUACAAUGAAUACCUGAGGAAGCGGGACCAGGCCUUCAGGAAGAAGUUAAAUCGUAAAAUGGUGCGACGAUGUUUCAUGGCAUACUUGGACGUUGUGAAGGCACGUAAAUGCGUUCGUGGAGUCAUAGCGCGCCAGUUGCGCAAAUCAAACAGAAAACUUCUAAACCGGUGCUUUCAGAGCUGGAUUGCUUUCAUGCAGAUGGGAGCACAAAAGAAGAUGCAAUACGUGCAAAGAUUCGCCAGUGCAGCUGAAAGAGAGAACGAGAAACUGCGUUCAGAUAACGAAAGGCUGUCAACAAUCAUCGAUACAGGUGAAUGGAAGAAGGAUCGUGUAUCUGACUUGAAUGCAGCACAGCAAGUUCUUUCCGCGGAACGUGUCGCUUUGACAAAGCUCAUUGGAAAGCUGCAACGGCAACAUCAACUGGCGCUCGACCAACAAGGAGAACAGGAACGGGAGAUCAAGAAUCUGAAGGAUCAGCUAACGUCAGAGAACAAAUUACAGCGCAACAAACUUCUGGUUAAAGGAGCUUCCAGCUUCAACACCUUGAUGCGAGUCAUGAGACAUGAUAUGAUGACAAGAGGAGUCUCAGCCACUCCCGAGGUCAUCUACGAAGUUAAUAAGAUGGCUAUGGAUCAGGUGGCCGUGUUUCCAGACGGGGAGCUUCAUGUCCGAGCAAUGAAGCCUCGCAACAAGGGGAAAUGGUCCAACAUACCAAAUCCCCAAAGAACACCGUCGGUGAAUUCGAACAGACCAUUGGGGAGCUCUGUUCCCUACACCCCCAGAUCUCCUCUGAAACCCCGACCACCAAGUCCCCCACUAUCGUAUAAGAGGUACACUCGCAACACAGACAACUAAAUAUGCGCCUAGGGCUGUGUCAAGAUUUGCACUCCCUGCCCAUGGCCCUUUUUGCAGCAUUUUGGCUGUCAUGACCCACUCAACUGCUUCAAUGUGAACGUAUUUUCCAAACUAAGAGAAACAGGUAUACUGGUAGACGCGAUUACCUUCUCUACAAAAAACAAAACAAAAUUUCAACGAGAGCAGUAUGGGUUCAUGUUUGAGGUCAAGGAACUAGACUGGUCUUUAAUGUGCAUGAGUCCAUGAGCUCUUGGUUGAACUAAAUCAUUUCAAACCAAAGGAUGUAUCUCCAUAAAAGUGUUCCGUCAACAAAUAAAUUUGGAAUAAAA